AUGACGUCAUGUCGCUCGCGUGACGUCACGCGGCUCGCCGAGAGCGACAGACAGGAGCAGUGGAGCGUCGAUCUGAGGGGAUCUGUGAGCGGCAGACAGGAGCAGUGGAGUGUCGAUCUCGGGGAUCUCGAGGCUGGGAGAACGGAGUCCCACUCCACAUUCCCGGCACCAGGACGAGGCUUCCGUACUGGAGUUGUACCGUCUGGGCCGCGUUCUGGGUCGCGGGAGUUUUGGUUUGGUCGUCGAAGCUGUGAACCUGGCGACCGGGGAGAAGUGUGCGGUGAAGCAACUCAACAAGGACAAAGUGAGAACUCCUACCGCACAUACCACUACAACUACCACUACAACUACCUGUAUUACCGCCUCUACCACUACCUCUACCACUACCACUACCACCCAUACCCCUACAACUACCACUACAACUACCUCUACUACCGCCUCUACCACUACCUCUACCACUACCGCCCAUACCCCUACUACUACCACUACAAUUACCACUACCACCACUACCACUACCCCUACCACCACUACCACUACCCCUACCUCUACUACCUCUACCACUACCUCUACCACUACCACUACCCCUACCUCUACUACCUCUACCACUACCUCUACCACUACCACUACCCCUACCUCUACUACCACUACCUCUACCACUACCACUACCCCUACCUCUACUACCUCUACCACUACCUCUACCACUACCACUACCCCUACCUCUACCCCUACCACCACUACCACUACCCCUACCACCACUACCACUACCCCUACCUCUACUACCUCUACCACUACCUCUACCACUACUACUACCCCUACUACUACCCCUACUACUACCACUACCACUACCUCUACCACCUCUACCCCUACCACUACCCCUACCACUACCACUACCCCUACCUCUACUACCUCUACCACUGCCUGUACCCCUACCACUACCCCUACUACUACCCCUACCACUACCUCUACCACUACCUCUACCACUACCACUACCCCUACCUCUACCCCUACCACCACUACCACUACCCCUACCUCUACCACUACCACUACCUCUACCACUACCACUACCCCUACCUCUACUACCUCUACCACUACCUCUACCACUACCACUACCCCUACCUCUACCCCUACCACCACUACCACUACCCCUACCACCACUACCACUACCCCUACCUCUACUACCUCUACCACUACCUCUACCACUACCACUACCCCUACCUCUACUACCUCUACCACUACCUCUACCACUACCACUACCCCUACCACUACCCCUACUACUACCCCUACUACUACCCCUAUCACUACCCCUACCACUACCACUACCUCUACCACCUCUACCCCUACCACUACCCCUACCACUACCACUACCCCUACCUCUACUACCUCUACCACUGCCUGUACCCCUACCACUACCCCUACUACUACCCCUACCACUACCUCUACCACUACCUCUACCACUACCACUACCCCUACCUCUACCCCUACCACCACUACCACUACCCCUACCACCACUACCACUACCCCUACCUCUACUACCUCUACCACUACCUCUACCACUACCACUACCCCUACCACUACCUCUACCACCUCUACCCCUACCACUACCCCUACCACUACCCCUACCACUACCCCUACUACUACCCCUACCACUACCUCUACCACUACCUCUAUCACUACCCCUGCACCUACCACUGCCUGUACCCCUACCACGAUGAUGAUGAUGAGAGAGAGACGCAGACUCCAAACAUACAGAAGCAGCAGCAGGCAUCGUCAGGGUCGUGAUCGAACCCACGACCUCCUGCACACCAGGGGAGGUAGUCAACAUCUCCUAGCCACCGUGAUGAUGAUGAGAGAGAGACGCAGACUACAAAUAUACAGAAGCAGGCAUCGUCAGGGUCGUGAUCGAACCCACGACCUCCUGCGCACCAGGGGAGGUAGUCAACAUCUCAUGGCCACCGUGAUGAUGAUGAGAGGGAGACGCAGACUCCAAUUAUACAGCAGCAGGCGUCGUCAGAAUCAGGAUCGAACCCACGACCUCCUGCACACCAGGCGAGGUAGUCAACACCUCAUGGCCACCGUGAUGAUGAUGAGAGAGAGACGCAGACUCCAAAUAUACAGCAGCAGGCAUCGUCAGGAUCGGAAUAAAACCCACGACCUCCUGUAUACCAGGCGAGGUAGUCAACAUCUCCUAUCCACCGUGAUGAUGAUGAUGAGAGAGACGCAGACUCCAAUUAUACAGCAGCAGGCAUCGUCAGAAUCAGGAUCGAACCCACGACCUCCUGCGCACCAGGCGAGGUAGUCAACACCAGGCGAGGUAGUCAA